AAAUAAGCCUUCUGUCUCACUCACUUUCUUUUCUCUCACUGGUCUCCUCCUCUCGGCUACUCUCCCACUCAGCAACAUUUUCCCCGUUAUUGCACCACCAUUGUUGUCGCCACCGUCUACCCACAGCCAUAACUAAGAUUCUGCCAAACACUACGCUUGAGAAAGAAGAAAUAGAAGAACAUCUUAUAUCUCUAAUUGCAUCAUUAACUGGUAAGUAACAAGAGGGAAAGAGGAGGGGUAACAAAGAUGCCUCUUUAUGAUUGCAUGCUCUUGCUGAAGCCCAAAGUAGGGAAAGAGCUUCUUAUAGACUUGGUUGGUCGAGUAGGUAAACAUGUUUAUCGACGAAAUGGUGUGCUUACUGAAGUUAGGUCUUUUGGGAAGGUUAAUCUUGGUUAUGGUAUCAAAAAGCUUGAUGGAAGGCACUAUGAGGGUCAAUUGAUGCAGAUGACAAUGAUGGUUACGCCCAACUUCAACAAAGAAUUACAGUACUUGAACAAGGAAGACCGUCUGCUUCGUUGGCUUUUGGUGAAACACAGGGGAACAGAUUAUGGUGUUGAUACUACAUUUGACCACAUGAAGGGUGAUUACGGAGGGGAGUCUCUGGGAGGAAGAAGUUUGUUUAAUGAUAGAUCCGACGAGGAUGAUGAAGAUGAUGAAGACGAUGAGGAUGAAUCUGUGUAGCAAAAGUCGUUAGGAGGUUCCGAGGCUAGGUAGUAAGUACACUGUUAGAUCUCUCAGAAUCAGGCGUAAUGAGAAGAUUGCUUGAUAUGUCCUACGAGAAGUGUGAAAGCCUAUAGUUCAGCAAUACGAGCUCUUGAGGGAGUCAUUAUUAAUAAGUCACAGAAUAUCCCUAGUAGGCAACAAGACCUUUGUUUUUUCCUUUACAUUUUGAGGGAAUUGUCACAGUAAAUUUUUGAUAUUUGGUUAUGGAAUUGGAUGUGUUUUUGCAUUGUUAUAAAUAGAGUUGGCUUUGAAUCUUA